AUGAAUAUUGUUUGGAUGUCUCUCUUGGCCCUGGCGUUCCAGCAGACGUCAGCGCAGAAAUGGAAGACAAACAAUUUCACCAUCUGCGCUUCCCCAUUGCCGCCUAUGGCUGAGUGCCAACCAGGCAGCGAUCCCGAAGGCUUCACAGGUCAUGACAUCGAACAAGUGCGUUAUGUUACGAGGCUCAUGGGCUGGACUUCAGCCAACUACUCCAUAGUUUGUCUCGCGGCCUUCGAUGACAUAAUCAAUGACCUCACAGCAACGGAUGGGGGUAUGUGUGACAUUGCAGCAGCUGGCAUCACUAGAUCGAUGGAACGAGAGCGCAUGGGGAUUCAGUUCACAUACCCAACUUACCGGGCGAGCCUGGGGGUCAUGGUGCGGGCAAAUGUGCGGGAGGGGUCGCACUGGGGUUUCUUGAGGCCCUUGCACUGGAGCGUCUGGAUCGCCACCCCUUUGACAGCCCUGACGGUUGCCUUGAUGGUUUUCGUCAUUGAAAGCAUCGCCUGCCACGGUUUCGUCCACAGGGCUGACUGGGUGCAGGGGCUAAAGAAUGCCACCUGGGACAGCUUCAUCUCCUUGGUAAAUUUCGGCCACUUCGAGGUGCAUUCUACGGCGGCCCGAUUUGUGGUUAUGGGGUAUGGAUUUUUGGUGUUGAUCAUCAUCAACACGUAUGUGGCGAACCUGGCGGCUUUCCUGACCAUCACACAGGUGGACACCAGCGCCACGCAGAUCGAGGACCUGUACGGGGAGGGUGUGGCCACGGUUGCAGUCUAUGAGGAACAGCUCAAGAGCCAGGGCAUCACUCCCGUGAUCGUUGAACAGGAUGGCAGGGCCCAGGAAGCCCUGUUGGAGAGCCUCAGGACCAAGCGCUACAAGGCAGUGCUGAUGGAUGAGCCAUGGGUGACCCACACCGUAAGCAGUGGGUUGAACUGUGACCUGCAGGCGCUGUCAGACACGCUUGUGCACUUUGACUACGCAUUUGGCCUUCCCAGGCGGGCACCGCAGGACUUUGUGGACCAAUUGUCAAAGAUCCUUCUGCAAAUGCAGGAAGAUCUGGUGUCAGAAGAGCUGGUGGAGAGGUUCAUAAGGUUCCCUAGCUCGGGCUGCCCGAAGGACAAUGAGAUCAGUGACACAAGGGCUGUUAAAUUUCACCAGGUGCUUGGUUUGUGGGUAAUCCUGGCCGGUUGCAUUGCAUUUGCAUUCAUAAUACUGGUCGGGAACCUCUUCCGCCACAUACCGGGCGCUAUCAACGCCCGGGCCCUCGAAGGGCGCAGCUUCAGGCAAGGACUGAGCAUGGGCCGCAUGAACCCCAUACCCACGCGCUACACCCCAAAGGCUUCAGCCCAACUGCGCAAAUCCUCAUGCCAAUGCAAGGACCUCCGUCUGCAGCUCUCCGAGGUUUAUGAAGCGGUUUCGAGCCUGGCUGCUGAGGUGCAGCGAAUGGGAGGGCCGGUGGUCCCCAUAUGUGCGAGCGUUGCGGUGGAGCCGAAUUCCCAACGCAGUGUCCCAACUGGAAGCCCUCUGGCGCCCUUUGACGGUUCUUCAUCGCCAGCGUGCAGCCCCACAAUGGACACGAGCAAUGCCGCAUCGGUGGCUGAUGUGGCCCAUGUGCGCAAUGAAAAUGGGCACAGUGUAGGCUGA